AUGCCGAUGAAGAUGGAGAUUGAUCUGGAUCUGGAGGAGGAUGUUGGUUAUUAUGAGCAGACAAUAUUUUCGCAGGUCUCGGAGGAAGCCGAUAACCUGGAGAAUGCCGACGUCCAGGAAACAAGUGCACAUGAAUCAGAACACGUAGAAUCAGUGCGACUGGACGAAAAGUUCAGCUUAUCGGAUGUUUAUGUUAAUGAGAAAGAGGCAUACGAGGCUUAUCGUAAGUAUGGAUAUAAUCUUGGUUUUAGUGUUUGUAAGGAUCAUCACAGUUACUGGCCAAAUUCCAGAAAUUUAAAAUCCAUGGACUUUGUUUGUUCAAAAGCUGGUUUCAAGAAGUUGCAUGAUCUUAAUAUCCAAAGGAAAUAUCAAAGAUCAGAUACCCGAAUUGGUUGUCCAGUUAUGAUUAAGUUUACAGUGGAUGAAGGUGGAUAUUGGAAGGUGAAAAAAUUUAUUGAAAAUCACAAUCAUGAUUUGCCUAGGCCAGAAGACCGGCAUCUUUUUAGAUAA